GCGUCGCGAGCGUUGGCGAUGGUUGGCGAGGUUCGCGACGUUCGCGCGCCGUUCGCGGUCCUGCCGCAGUAUGCCAUCGAACGUCGCGCGGGCUGGAUGUGUCGUCGCGCGCCGCCAUCGCGAAUGUAACGGGACGAUUAUGCGCCCGCGCGGUAUCGCGCCGUGAUCUCUUGCCGCCGCAACGGGAGAAUUAUGUCGACUCGGAGAGAUGGGUAAUUUGGCGACGCUACUAGUGAAGUUUGGUGCCGCGUUCCUGCUCGCCUGUCACGCGGAUUACAGCCUGGCCCAGGACAACUCGUCGGUCGGAGAAUGCAUCGAAUCCGAGACGGGAUGCAGGAGAUGCAGGGACGGGUCGUGCGCCAGAUGCGCCGUGCUGCUACAUCAGGGUACCUGCGUACAUACUUGCCCACCGGGCUUCGUCGCCGACUGGUCCACCCGGGACGAGUACAUGGGCCGCAUCUGCCGAGAGACCGGCUACAUGUUCGGCCUCACCGGUAGCCAGGUUGCGAUCUUGGUAGGGGUGGUCUCCGGCGCUACUAUUUGUAUCUUCAUCAUCCUCUGCGGCGCGAUAGUCGUGCAUCGGCGCAAGAAGAAGGCGGCAAAGCUGGCCCAGCAGUUUGAGGACAGCGCGGAGAGGAGAGAGUUUCUGAAACACCUGGCGACGCUUCGUGGCGAGGCCAAUACUUUCCUCGCUAUGCUCAACGACACUAGAAGACAAGUCAGAGAGUUGUACUACUCGGGAAGUAACGGAGACGGUGCCGUCGGAAUCCAGGCGUACAGACCAGUGCUACGUGAUCUAGCGAGGAUAUUGGUCCUCGUGAACAGGAGGGACGAUGAGAUACCACUUCCGCCCGACGAUUGGCAACGACUAUUCUCGUGGGCAGAGCGGCUGCUGAGAAGAUACAAAAGGCACAGUUCUCCAGAAGUUGCUCAGCUCGUGACGUUCCUGCAGCAGCCGACGAGCAACCCCGUCCAAAUGAGCCCGUCACCGACGCAACCAGUCGCGGCGUCGCAACCAUCACCUCAUCAGCCCGUGUACGAACCGAGAAGUACCCCCCCUAAUCUCACCACAUUCCAAGCGAACGUGCCGCUCGCGACAUUCCAAGCGAGCGACAAGUCGAGCAUCAGUCCGGCGAGUUCGAGUCUUGGCUACACGAAGGAUCACAGUCCUCUCGGUUCGAGUCUGGGCCAGAACAGCGCUUCCGGUGUUUACAACAGUGAGAAGCUCAGCCCGAAUGGCUCGACGAUCGGCCAAACGACACCCCUCGUCUACGGCAGUAAUCUGAAGCGAGCAGGCUCGAGGACGACGAGCGACUCGCACUUCCAAGAACUGCAAACGAUUUCUGCGUUCAGUCGCAGUUACAAUGGUGGCGCACUGCCCCUGGAUGCCAAUAGCAUCCGCGCGUUGCACGACGAUUGCGAGAUUACCGAUGGUCUGGACCGCGAUUUGAAUCCUCAAUGGAAGUUUCAGAGCAGUCCCGUGGAGGCAGCCAAUUACACCAUCUUGUCGGACUGGUCCCCAGCUCGCGAUUAUCUCAUCGACGACUUUACGAUCCUCGGCUUUCGGCCACAAGACGAGAUCACCACGGAAUUAUAAUCAUUGUAAUCGACUGAUAGUGAUACAUAUCCGAACGAAACUUUAUAAAGCAGAAAUUACGAAAUGCUCGCGUGUUACGUCCAAAUAUCGUCAUUUGGACAAUCGAUUUCGACUUUGCUAAAACCUUAGCAAUCUUCUUCGACAAUCGUAUAACGGUAUUUCGUAUUACAUUGAUGAUAUUUGUCAAUUGUCUUUUUUUUGUAAAAAUUAUGAAAUAAUUAUACCUGCUGUAUCUGAGCAAUCUACACGUUACUCGAUCGACAUUAUUAUUAUUAAGUUUAUUCUUUUGUCAAUGGAUUUUAGAAUUAGAACUCGGAAUCGAAAAAAAUAAAGUAAACAAAUAAUCGUGAAUAUGAAAACGGAUAAUUUGAUGUUAACUGAAAUUAUAUUUUUGGAAAAAUGGGUAAUGAUAUAAGCAAUUAGAAGCAGAAAAGUGAGAAAGACUAUGGUAGAAUAAAAAAUUGAGUUCAACAUACCCUAGUCCUUUUUAGAGAAUGAAAAAAUACGUGUAAAAAUAGAGAAAAAGUUUUGAAAAAGUUAUACAAAUCAGUUUUUGCAAUUAUUGAUGAAUAAGGCAAUGAUUGAUUUGUUGUAUUGUUUCCAUAGAUUGUUUUUAUAAAUUUUUUUCAAAUUUUGAACAUAUAAUUAUUUUAUUCUAAGUAAAAAGCGUAUAUUUGUUCAGCUACAAAAAGCAGAUCUAUUUUCUAAUUAUUAACAUCGAUAGUUAGAAAAUAUAUAAACAAUAAAUAAUCCUACAGUCAAUAUCGAGACAUAGACAAAUAUCAUUAAAUCCGUAGAACUUUAUUAAACUGCUAUGAAAUAAUUAUACAAAAAUUUGCCGGUUGUAAAAUCUGACAAUGGGGAAACUAGAAAUAAAUAACAUUGUCUUUUUUCUUUAAGAUGAUUUAAGAUGAUUAAAAUGUUGAGUAUUAAUGAUUUUCAUAAAAUCAAUUUCUACCAAACUGUAUUUAUGUCCUAAUAUUGUGUCAUUUUACGAAAAUAAUGCCUUUAACUUAAAUAUAUUCUAGUACACUGUGCAAUAGAAAAAAUGCAAUGAUGCCAAAUUGUAAAAGCUUUGUAUAAAUAUUGGCCUUUAUUUAAUUGCUCUGCAUGUCGUAUACAUCUUACGUAACGAUUAUUUUAUAUAGUGUACUAGUCAACGUUCCGUUCACAUCGAAAUAUUAAAGCGCACUUUUUGUGACUUUCAUAUUUAUUUGCUUGCCUCUGGCCUGCAAAUACAUUUAUAUCUAUAUUUAUGUAACUUUAAUUUGUUUUCGUGGUAAAUUUGUAAUUGUACAAAUUCGUAUAAGCAGUCAUCAAUGACAAUGAAAUUGAUCACAGUUUCAUCUGAUUCGCGAUAAGCGCAUUAUAAUGCUCAUUAUACUUUGAGUUUUAUGAAUUCAUAUUCCAUUUGAGUUUACCAACAUUGACAACAAAAUGGAAAAAACGAAUCUUACAGCUACAGUUUUAUUUAUAUAAACGAACACACAUAUACACGCUACAUACACAUUUGAGUUGAACGUGUCAUUAUAUAUACGUAUGACCAAAAUGGUCAAUUGUACAAAUUGAUGUAAAUACUGAUUAAUAUUUUAGUAAUAAAUGUAAGAAAUUAUCAAAUAUAUGUAUACUUUGUCCA